AAGCUGGUUUUCAACUGUUUAAAUGUUUGGGGUUGACGGUUCUAGGUUGAGCAAGUUGCGUAUUGUGAUUGUCAAGAAGGUAACGAAUGGGAAGUGUUUGUGAUUGAUUUGUGUUUGACAGUUUUUAACGACGUCUUCGGUCGUUGGACAUGCUGGUGUGAAAAGGAUUUCUGUUGCUUUUCGUCCUGGCCAGUAUAAGAACAUGAAAAUGAUGACUCUGUCCCAACGGCAGCGGGAGGAGUUGAACAAGGCUAUUGCCGACUACCUGAGUACAAAUGGAUACAUGUCUGCUCUGGAAGCAUUCAAGAAAGAGGCAGACAUGCCUGGAGAGGUGGAACACAAGUAUGGAGGUCUGCUCGAGAAGAAGUGGACUUCUGUCAUUAGGUUACAAAAGAAAGUUAUGGAACUGGAAAGCAAACUAAAUGAAGCGGAAAAGGAGUACAUGGAAGGCGCUCCGACACGAAACAAAAGACAACACUCCGAGUGGAUACCUCGACCGCCCGAGAAGUUCUGCAUGAAGGGACACAGGUUGCCUAUCACAAAAGUGUUGUUCCACCCAGUGUACAGCCUGUUUGCGUCCUCCAGCGAGGACGCCACCAUCAAGGUGUGGGACUUUGAGAGCGGGGAGCACGAGAUGACCCUCAAAGGCCACAUUGACGCAGUGCAGGACUUGGCGUUCGACCCGACUGGGAAGCUGCUAGCGUCAUGCAGCGCCGACAUGACAAUCAAGCUGUGGGACUUCUCCACCUACGAAUGCACCAAGACACUGCGCGGGCAUGACCACAAUGUUUCAAGUGUGGCGUUCAUGCCCGGCGGGGACUUCCUGGUAUCGUCGUCACGGGACAAGACCAUCAAGAUGUGGGAGGUGGCAACAGGGUACUGCGUGAAGACCUUCACGGGCCACCGGGACUGGGUGCGGCUGGUGAGGGUGUACCACGACGGCAGCCUGCUGGCUUCCUGCUCCAACGACCAGACGGUGCGCGUGUGGUGGACGGCCAACAAGGACUGCAAGGUGGAGCUGCGGGACCACGACCACGUGGUGGAGAGUGUGGCCUGGGCCCCGGACAACGCCGCGCAGAGCAUCAACCAGGCGGCCGGCGCAGACAACAAGAAGGGCGCCUACAUGGGGCCCUUCCUUGCCUCCGCCUCCCGCGACAAGACCAUCAAGGUGUGGGACGUGGGCACGGGCAUCUGCCUCUUCUCGCUGGUCGGCCACGACAACUGGGUGCGCGGACUGGUGUUCCACCCCGGCGGCAAGUACAUACUGAGUGCCAGCGACGACAAGACCCUCCGAGUCUGGGACACCCGCAACAAGCGCUGCAUGAAGACCCUCGAGGCCCACUCUCACUUCUGCACCUCCCUAGAUUUCCACAAGACACGUCCAUUUGUGGUGUCUGGAAGCGUCGACAUGACUGUGAAGGUGUGGGAAUGUCGCUAAUGCGUGUGCCCGUCCCUCUUCCUUUUGGACCUGCAGCUAUAGCAUUAUCGAUCCUCCACCACAAAAAAUAAAAUGACGUAAAAGGAAUAAACAGGAGGAUUGUUAUACUACACUCUUCUCCCCCCUUCUAAUUAUUUGUACACAAUUACAGAUGUAAUUUUUGUGUUGGUGUGUUCUGGGGCUGCACACAAAAUUGUUGUAAAGCACACAGUUCAUACUCAUCUUGGAAUGUGAUGAAGUAAUUUCCCCUACCCUUCGAGAAGCACUCACAAAUUGUUUUUGUUCUGCAUGUUUGUAAAUUUUAUUCAUCAUUUUCCAUGCAAGCUUUCUUUUGUGGUGGAAUAGUUCUGCGCAAAAUAACUGCACCACGAAACUUUGUGCAAUGUGGAAUCUGUGACAGAUCGCCAAAUUUAAAUUUUUUAUCCAUGUACACAGUAACGCUGCAUUUGUUUUUAGUGUAAAUAUUUUUUUCACUAGUACUUUCACCAAUUUGAUAACUGUAAUUUUUCAAAGUUAAGAGGGUGGAAAUUGCAUGUUGAAUGAAAGGUUUUUUCGCAUGCAUUUUGUGUAUAGUAUUUUGUAUUUAUUUUGUUUCGAAAUUGUUAACACUGGCAUAUCGCCAAAUAGCUUUUGGAGUAGGAAAGCUGUUCAUGAUAUUGUACCUGUGUUAAAUUUCCAAAAAAAUUGUAUUCAGGUCAAUUUUUUUUUUAUGUAUUUAUGUUGAGUUUUUGCUACAUUAUAAUAUAUAUUUUUGUGAUAAUGGAAAAAAUAAAUACAGCUUAACAUUUAGACAGAUUAUAGAAAAUGCUUAGUAAAGUGCAUAGUGUUAUUUAUUUAGUAAGAUAUUUAAUAUUUAGCCCUGUAGGCACAUAAUUUCUUUUAAUAGUUCAGUAUAUUGUGUGUACAUACUCAACAUGAUGAUUCUCAUGGUGACCUAACAUGAGAAAAUAUUGAGAUUUCAAAUACAAAGACAGUUCACAUUGAUUCUUCAAUACUACCCCUUCUUUCAUAAACAUCAUAAUUGAAUAAUCACAAUUUUUAUCUAGUGAUGCAAGUUCUUACUCAACUGAAUAUAUAUUUUUUACUGUACAUUUGUUUACGAAAAAUUAUUUUUUUCAUAUGUUUGGUGCUUACAGUAGAAUAAUUUUUAGUUUCCAGUUUUUUUUAAUCAGUUUGCAUGCACCUAAUAAAAUGUAUUGUUUUUUAGUACGGCAUAAGUGAUUCAUUAUACAUUCAGUUCCUCUCGUAAUAAAACAUGUCAGGAAGACAAGUGAUAAGUCUAGUGGUUAUUUGUUUCGAGAAUAUAAAAUUGUAAGAAUCCACCUAUUUAAAAAUAGGGUUGGUUGGUAACUAAUUUGAAACAUUGCAUAAAAGGUUUAGUUUUAUUUUCAAGUGAUGGUAUAAAUUUUUAUAAUGUGUAAAAAUUUUACAUUACCCAUGUUAGAUAUAUAAAAUAUACCAUUCUUCUUUACUACGGUUCCUUACAUCCCUACUGUUGUGGUUUUUAUAUAUAUAAAGUUGUUAUGUCUAUACUUUUACCUCUUGAAGAUCCUGUGCACCUCACCAGGAAAUUAUAAAUUAAUAUUAUAUUUUGGUAGAGUAUAGUUUACACCUUGCUGAAGCUCAUAAUUUAUAGAAGUUACUUUCAGUGUGCAGAUAUUGUAGGGAGAAUUGGGAUGAUGGGUUAGUUGAAAAUGAUUAUUUUGGGCUUUACAUGACUGCAAACCAUAUUCUUAAUUGGAAGUUUGUUAUGUCUCUAAGUAUUGGUCACUUGGUCAUUUUUGAGUACUAUUCAGCUGUCACUGGUAGUGCUGAUAUGAUGGAAUGAUUGGUCAUUUAAAGCAUUAUAAAGAGUCUGGAAUCUUGUAAGGGGUUGUGAUGAAAUGGCUGCCAUGCAUCAAGCUGAAUUCAUAACACUUGUAGAGUAAUUACCUAAUUGAAGUGUGAAAGGUUAUGGUAAUCGGUAAUUUCUAAUUUGUAUCAAAAUGUAAACAAGAGGAUUAUUGAAUUAUAGUUGCUACCCAGGUGUGGUAUUAUCAUGGCUCCCCUGUGCAGUUGUAUUAAUGAGCAUUUUGAGUAAGUUGAGAUGUUGCUGAUUGUAGGUUGAUGCAUAUAAAAACAGGUUCUGUUAUUGAAAUUCUUGUCUUAAAUUUAAAAUAUCUAAAUGUUUGUGUUGAAACUUUUAUACAGUAGAACCUCGAUUUGAUAUUUCCUCAUUUACCCUUUUCCCUUAUAUUACACUGAGUGCAGCUUACCAGAGUUUUAGGUACGUUUUUGUAAAAGCCUUUUAAGACUUGUAUUGCAGUCACACUGGCAACUGGCCACUUUACUUUGUAAUUAUUAACCUAAUAAGCAUAAAUUCCAUUCUUUGUUUUUAUCCAUCAUUUAGCAUCCCAGACUAUAAUUUCCAAUAAAUUUGUUUGUUUUGUAACAUUAUAAUUUUUUUAAAUCUGUUUUAGUGUGUGUGAACUGGUAUUAAAUUUAAUUACCCUACAUGAAUUUUAGUGAUUCCUUACAUUUACACGUUCCCCUGAUUCACACUGUUUUCUCCCCGUCUCUUGAAAAAUUUAAUGAGGAUUCUACUGUACUAUUUAAUUACAAUGCUGUCAUACAUAACACAGUAAUGACUGUCUUCAAGGACAACAGAACAUGUUUUCAUCCUUCCAUCUGCAAGAUAGGAACAAGAAAUUCAAAUACAAUUGAAGUGUUCAUGUGUAGAUUUAGCCACACUUGCCUCUUGCAAGAAAUUUGAUCUUUGCAAUGAAUCUUUACAAAAAAAAAAGUUUUAAUGUGCAGCCAUUAAAAAUUUUUAUAAUACUAAAUCUUAACCAGUGUAGGGUUUUUAAAAGAACUGUAAACAAUAUAGAUUGUAAAAUAACUGGCACCCAAUAUGUUUGCUGGUUACAAAAUAAUAUAGUUUGUACACAUGUCCACAAAGCGCACUUAGUAUUUAAUUUUGGUGGGUGGGAGAGUAACAAAUAUGAUAGGGCAGGAAUAAACAUCACAGUGCAAUUUUUUACAUCAAAAAAUACAAAAAUUGAGUUAAAUACUUUGUAAAAACUUAAUUUUUGAUUCAAAUCAUUUUCAAUAACACAUGACACCGUGAAUAUCUAGAAUUGGUGUAUUACUGCUAGGCUUCUUAUUUGGGAUUUUCCAAUCAGAUGCUGACAAGUUCCAGGGUGCAAUAUUGAAAAGUAAAAGGAGGGUAAAUUGAUGCCUACAUGGGUGGGAGGGACAUAUGUAUCUCCCCCAACCCUACAUCCUAUAAAAACCUAUAAUUCCCACUAACAAAAAAAAUUAUAUUUUAAAAGCAAAUGACGAGCAAAGUAGUUUUCCUACUUACUACUUCACUCCCCUCUUUUCCUUCUCUACAAAUGAAAUUAAGCUAUGCUCCUGGCUGCAUGAGUUAUUUUUAUUAUGGUGGUUUAGUGGCUUCUUUCGGAAAUGUUGGAUGAGUUGUCAAUGAACAUUAAUUUAUUGGGGGGAAAAUUUAACUUUAUAUGGGCAUAUACAUCCCUUCUCGUGCUAAAGGAAGACGUGUAAGCAGGGUAGGAAUCUAAUCCUAAUUUCACUCGUGGCAAAGAGUCAUCCAAGCACACUCUCACUUAUUGGUUGUCCAUGUGCACUCCCUUUACAAGUCAGUUCAGCUUUACCCCUCUUUCUGUAGAAGAUUUGGCUGGGUUGACCAUUUUAAGGAAGUUGAAUUUUUAUUUUAACAAGCAUAAAUGUACAAUUUUGUUUACUGUGUACUUAACAAAGUAUGAACCAUUUUCCACAAUAAUUAUUCCAGCAAAGUGUGUAAAAUAAACCUUGCACAUGCUGUGAUUGAAGUAUCAACUGUAGUAGCUGUUAUGGGAGCUUUCAUCAGCAUCUGUAGGUGUACAAAACCUUCCAUUAUGCCGCAUGGGCUUCACUUACUUAUAACUACUAAGUUGUUUUGUGUUGCUUAGGAGAACUUAGUACUUUUUUUUUGCAACACAUGGCGAUGCUGAUUUGUUAAGCCAGUGUCAUGUGGGCAAGGGUACAAAUCUGUACAAUUAUCAGGGGAGGUCCAAGUAUUUUGCAUGUGUGGUUAACCGACACACGUCAAUUCACUAGGUGGUCUAGGCCCAAAUGCUUUAAUUAAGUGGAUAAGUUUCUUAUGUAUAUUCAAAAUGUUAACUUUAAAACGGUGUUUUAUCGGAUAUUCGUCUUACCGUUUUUUUAGGGGUAUCAAAAUUUGUAGAGAAAAAUUCUUGCAUAAACAUAGCAUGAAGUUUUAGGUCCCGCUGUUAGAUUCAGAGCACUUUGUUUUGGUAGUAAACACAAGAGGAUAAAGCAACAGCAAUGUUUUCAAGUUGCUGUCAAGCAGUUUGGCAUUUAUAAUAGGAAAAUAAAGUACCGGAAUACCAGCAUAUGGGUAGCCUUUUUUAUGCUGAUUUUUAGUUUAAAAAAGUGUAUUGCAACUCUUUGGAGAAUGUGCCGCGAGUGACAUGACUUGCUGGGUUGGCAUUCGGUCGCAGAGGAAAGCUAGAAAUAAACUAGCCUAUUUGUGUGUGUGGUGCAGAACCCGAAAUAAAAUGUCCUGUGAACUGGCACAAUCUCCACAUGUCUAUUUUGACAGGUUUUUAAGACGCAACUGUGACCCAAACUAAUUGAUUCUUUGUAUGAGAUUCCUCAGCUUUCAAAUGCAACAUUCCAUGACAAAACUACAGCCAAUAUUGGUGCUUUGAAAGCUGCAAUUCAAAGCCUGGAUUGAAUGUCUCACUGACUGUAACAUGUGUGCUAGUUUUUAUAAAAGAAACUGACAAAGGGUAGCUUGCUGCCUUUUUAUUUUCUAUUCUGGAAGAGGUCUGGUUUAAAAAAUUACAAUAGCCAGGGAAGGGAUACACCUUUUGUUAUUAGGAGGGGUCGUAAAACAGUAGGGGAGAAGCAGAGAAAAGUGUGCUUGCCUCACUCCCUUCUACACAGUAAUAAAGCACAUAAAGCAGACAAAAAGAUGAUUGAGAGUUAACACCAGUGCCCUACCAGUAAGCUGAGACACAGAACACAGACUUCUCUUGGACUCUACUGUAGACUGAUAUAGGGUGCGACUCAUACUUGAGAGCCACCCUUACAAUAAAAAAAAAAGUUGUAUUUUUAUGACCCAAAUGAUAGCUGAGACCCAUGCAGGGGUGACUGUUCUGCCUGUGGCUGUUCUGCAGGUAAAUACAAUACUUGUUUAAGAUGUACCUGCUCAUUACGAUUUCCCAUCCAAUAUGGUCAAAUGUUUUGGUUCUACCAUUUUCUCAAUAAGAUUUACAUUACUAUUCUUUUCCCAUAUUAAACAAUGUAUUUGUUGAAGUCUAUUAUUAUUCAUUUGGAUAUUACCCUUUAAUUGAAAUUAACAGAAAUACGAAGUUAUCUGACGUGUAAAUUUUCUUUUAAAGAUGUAUUCAAACGUCUUUCUUGCCGAUGUGUACCACUUAUAAAAAUGUAUCCAGCGCUAGUUGACAUCAUUCAUGUUUGGUUAUUUUGAUUUUUAUAUAGAGUGAAUGCUUUGUCUAAAGUUUGAUAGUCCGUACUCUUUCGUGGCAAGUGUGUACCAAGACUAUAGUUAUGCAAUAGUUCCAGCUCACAAUUUUUAUUUUUCAAUUUAAAGUUUAACAAAAUAAAUUUUUGUUGCACGACUUAUUCAUUUAAAUUGUUUGACAUGCUUUUGUAUACUCUACUUUACAAAUAAAUGUACUUUCUAUUAAUAGGUUUUCUUUUCAGUAAUAACUUUACCAAAAAAAAAAAAAAAAAUACCAGACAAUCUUACCUCUACUUUAAAAACUUGAGUUUAGUAUAAAAUGUGUGACUAUUAUGCGAUAAAACAUGAUUAUAGCUUUGGCAUUAUCAUCCUUGUUGCACAGUUAGGUUUGCCUCAGUAAGGGGAUCUUUAAUUCCCAAUUUGGGGGGGGGGGGGGGGGGCAGGGCAGAAUUCUACCCACUCCCCGGUAUUUACACUCAUGUUGUGGGACAUGGGUUUAGGCACCAAAGGUGUAUAACAAUGGAAUCCAUUCUGCAUGAACAUGAGUAGACACAAUGAGAGUUUCAGUAGUAUGUAAAUUGACAUUGGAUCAUUGGAUAUUUUUUUCAGGAAUUUAUUCUUGGUCUGUAGUUUUGAAAGCUGAGUAAUUGAUUUGCUAAUGCAGAUGUUCUAUGACGAGGUCACCAUGUAAGUCAUCUUGUUCCACUGCACUUGACUGUAUUCUGACUUAAUGAUGUAAUUCUGUCCUUGUAAGCUACUUGUAUUUGUCAACACUUGUAAAACUAAGAAUCAUGUGACAUUUAAUACAUUACAUCUAGAAGAUCAAA